GCCAUCUUGAAUAGAAUGAUCUGACUGAUCAGUGACCGCUGGAGUCUUACAGAGCGCGCUGAAUAACACACAGGGCUUUGCAGCGACGGCUUAUUGGGCGGCAUCGGGGCGAUUUUGUGGCAAGUCAGAUAAUCAGUUGAUUCCUUACUAUGGCCUGUAAACAUUGAAAGUGCUCACCAUGAUCGGAGGACUUUUCAUCUACAACCACAAGGGCGAGGUGCUAAUCUCGCGCGUCUACCGAGAUGACAUAGGGAGAAAUGCGGUGGAUGCGUUCCGGGUUAACGUGAUCCACGCACGCCAGCAGGUCCGCUCGCCUGUCACCAACAUCGCCCGCACCAGCUUCUUCCACGUCAAGCGCUCCAACAUCUGGCUGGCCGCAGUGACCAAGCAGAAUGUCAACGCCGCCAUGGUGUUCGAGUUCCUCUACAAGAUGUGCGACGUGAUGACCGCGUACUUCGGCAAGAUCAGCGAGGAGAACAUCAAAAACAACUUUGUGUUGAUCUACGAGCUGUUAGAUGAGAUCCUGGACUUUGGUUACCCACAAAACUCUGAGACCGGAGCACUGAAGACCUUCAUCACUCAGCAGGGCAUCAAGAGCCAGCAUCACACUAAAGAGGAGCAGUCUCAGAUCACCAGUCAGGUGACCGGGCAGAUCGGGUGGAGGCGCGAGGGCAUCAAGUACCGUCGCAACGAGCUUUUCCUGGAUGUCCUGGAGAGUGUGAACCUGCUCAUGUCACCCCAGGGCCAGGUGCUUAGUGCCCACGUCUCAGGCCGUGUGGUUAUGAAGAGCUACCUGAGCGGAAUGCCCGAGUGCAAGUUUGGCAUGAAUGACAAGAUCGUCAUCGACAAGCAGGGCAAAGGGGGCACUACUGACGACGCAGGCAAGAGUAGUGGGAAACAGUCUAUAGCCAUCGACGACUGCACCUUCCACCAGUGCGUGCGACUCAGCAAGUUUGACUCUGAGCGCAGCAUCAGCUUUAUCCCACCGGAUGGAGAGUACGAGCUCAUGAGGUAUCGCACCACUAAGGACAUCAUCCUGCCGUUCCGUGUCAUUCCUCUGGUAAGAGAAGUGGGACGCACCAAACUGGAGGUGAAGGUCGUCAUCAAGUCCAACUUCAAACCGUCCCUGCUGGCCCAGAAGAUCGAGGUGCGCAUUCCCACCCCGCUCAACACCAGUGGCGUGCAGGUGAUCUGCAUGAAAGGGAAAGCCAAGUACAAGGCCAGUGAAAAUGCCAUCGUGUGGAAGAUUAAGAGGAUGGCUGGAAUGAAGGAGUCACAGAUCAGUGCAGAGAUUGAGCUGCUGCCUACCAAUGACAAGAAGAAGUGGGCUCGUCCACCCAUCUCCAUGAACUUUGAGGUGCCGUUCGCGCCAUCCGGCCUCAAGGUGCGCUACUUGAAGGUGUUCGAGCCGAAGCUGAACUACAGCGAUCACGAUGUGAUUAAAUGGGUUCGCUACAUCGGCCGCAGCGGCAUUUACGAGACCCGCUGCUAACGGCGGCCCCUCAGGUUCGGUCCAGAGGAGAGGAGAGGGGCGUGGCGGGACGCAGACGAGGAGAGAUGAGUCAGCGGAGCCUCGCUGGAGGAGGUGCAAAAGAGGCUCCCCCUUAAUCACUCUCUCUCCCUUCAUUCACCUCCUCUUCCCGUUUUCCUGCGUUCACAUUGACGACAAUAAACAAAAGAUGGAUUUAAAAAAUAAUUGGUUAUUUAGAAACAAUGUCUAGUGGAGAAAACAAAAAAAGGUUCAAAGUAAGUUUCGCUAUCUUUGAUAAUAAAUAUAAAUAUAUAUAUAUAUAUA